UUAAGAGUCGCGGCAGACAAUUCCGUCGAUGUAUGCGCAGCUAAUGUUGCAGUUACAGCCACUUAUUGGAUGAAAUAUGAGGGACGACGGCUUUUGGAGACGGUUUGCAAUCAACAGUUUUCCCCAGUAGUCUACGGUUCGGGCGGUGUUGUCCAUACCGCAGGUUGCUCUACCCCGGAAGGGCUAGGGGUAGCGUUGCUAGGGAGACGAGGAUCUGUUUGGCGAUGGUUUCCCCGGUCCGCUAGCUGUGAGGAGGAUAACACGCCAUUAUAAGAUACUUCCCCUCGUCAAGCAAAAGUGGCCUGUUGGCUCAGAUUAUGAGCGGGGCUGGAGAACCUGUGUGCCUGCCAGGAGGAGAAGCUCUCCAUCAUGACCCUCUCAUCCCAUCCCCUCCACACUCAGAGGGGACAGUAGACAAGCGGCGUUCAGCUCCCCCUUCACCCCUCCCCCGACCUGAGCCCCACAGCAAGGAAGAGGGACAGUUAGAGGAUAAGACGGACAACAAGGAGGAAGAGGAGGAGAAGGAAGGAGCUCCACUUGAACUCAUGGCCGAGUUCCUGUCGUCGGUGAUGAGGCGAGACCUGGGGCUAGCCAGCCGGCUGUGUCACAUGAUUCUGGUCUACGAGCCGGAGAACCCAGAGGCCGUCCAGUUCCUGCCCCUGAUCCAGCAGAAGCUCUUGGAAGACCAAGAGAAGGAGCUCGGUACCGAUGAUGAGGAUGACGACGAUGAGGAGGAAGGAGAUGAUAGUGAUGAAGACACAGACGACUCUGAGUCGUGCGAUGAAGACGAUCACUCUGGAGGCAGUGAAGGCUCGACCCAUGAUUGAAGCUUAUCCUGCCUCAUCCUCAUGAGAUAUUUACCACAUUACAGUUUUAGACAAGCUUGUAUGUAGUGUAAAACUUUCAACAUCUCGCGUCACUUUAGCUUUGCUAAGGGAAUAAAGAAUCAG